AUGGCGCUCACAGGCCCCUAUUUCCCCUUCUGUGUUAUACUCGCAUCUCUUUCUCUUUUGCUCACCUCAGCCCUUGCUCAAACUGCCACGGUCACUACCACGACAACCGCCACCCCGACCAUGACCCGCAUCGUCGACAUCUUCUUCCUCAAUGAGCGCGAGUAUGAAGGCUUGCCUUACACCAUGUUCCACCGCGACUCAGGCUCCGUCGUGGCCGUGGACAACGCCAACAACCUGACCACCUACGUCGUCACAACCACCCGUGUCGACCGCCGGCCCAGCCUGUCGGCAACCCGCACCGACAACAUCACGACGGCCAUCCCGACGCUCGCAUCCACCCGCAGCCGGCACUGGCAGCCGCUGAACGGCACCGGCCAGCCGAGCACCAUCACCCAAGGGCCCGCAACCUUCAUGUUCACCGGCACGCGCUACGGGGCCUAUCACACAGUAGUCAACCGCUGCUCCCUAAACGGGACCGUCGAGGCGGCCUGCAACCUGACGCACGUCGGCAGCGUCUGGUACACGCGCGACCCGGCCUGGAACGGCACCUUCUCCACCUACAGCUACAACUGGACCAGCGGCGACCGCUUCGGCUUCGCCCCCGUCACCAUCACCCACGGCGCCGAGCUGCUGACGGGGCCCAGCCCCACCCCCAGCGGCGACGCCUCGUCGUCCGACGCUGCCCCGGGGAGCAUGGCCAGGAACGGCCUGCUCUUCUGGGUUUUCCUGCUGGGUUCCUUCCUGAUGAUGGGGGUCGGGGUGGGGAUUGUGAAUUAA